UAAAAAUGAAGUAACAUCCUCUUCAGAGGCUGGUGUGCAGCACCUACCCGCCUCCUUGCCGGCAAUCUCUGUGCUCAUCGGUGGAGGCUUAUAACGAAGAAAGCAGAGGAACACCAAGAAAAAAGUGAAUGAGUAUGAGCAGUGUUAACUGAUGGCUCGACGCUAUCCCAGGCCGUGAGCUGACGGCUGAGGCUGGCUACAGUAACGUGGAAGACUAGGUAUCUGCUGCGGCUUAGUCUGCAGCAUGACUAAUGGGCAGGAGCUGAAGGCGUACAUGUUACUCUUGCAUAUUUAGCAGUUAAGAUACGUUCAUAAGGAUGAAAGAGCACAGAAGGUUUUGGGCUUGAGUUAGAUCUGACAUGGAGAUGAUUCUCCCUACAGAUUCUCCCAGGGAAGAGAACUUCUUCUAACUCUUGGACUUCUGGUUUAGAUCUGCGAUGUGCUGGAAAAAAUUUUCUGUAGAAACUGUCCUGUUCUGUUUGCGAACUACUACUAAAUUCUGAAACAUCUGCUUGUCUCUGAUAUAACUGUGACUUAUGUUCGAUGUUCAUUUUGCUGACUCAAACCACAGAUUCCAAGGAAAGGAGGAGAAAGUGGAAUGAAAUACUCAAGUGCUGCCAGAGGAAAACAUCAGACUAGUCAAUGAAAGUUACUAUUACUAAACUGUAGACUCCUCUCAUUUUUACAUAGUAGGGAAAACUAAAUGCUCUAUAUUCGAAGCUUGUAAAACAGCUUUUUGCAGACUUUCUUUGGUAAACUUCAAGGGGGCUAAAUAAAAAUCCCAUAAGUAUUCCUCGUAAGUGGAAAUGUGAUUCCUUGCUCAUGUCUCCCUUCCCCUUUAAUGGGUUUUUAUUUUCUUUGGGGUGGGACAUCCUGAACAAAUCGUUUGGCGUCAACCAUGCUUACAAGCUCAUGGUCAUGGAUGAUGUAGGAACUUCAAAUUUAUAUCUCUGUAAUGACACGUGAUUAAGGCAAAGGUUGAAAGCUGCUCAGAUACUGCUAUAUUAGAACUUAUAGUAAAUAUUACAGUCAUGCUUUCAUUCAUUUUCUAAGAUUUGGACUCUUAGGGGAUGUUCCCAGAAGGGUAUGAGCAGAGAAGUCCUCUUUUUGGAUGGGAAACGGAAGUAUUAUAAGGAUGCCCAGAAGAAGCUUAAUAAUUCAAGCCAGGACUCGAUGGCUAUUAGUGGGUCUGGCCUUACUAUUCAGUUUAAUCUUGCUCAUGUACUUGCUGGAGUGUGCUCCACAAACAGAGGGUAAUGGAUCCUUGCCUGGGAUUAUAGGCGAGAACAUGGGUAAAGAAUACUAUCAAGCCCUUCUGCAGGAACAGGAAGAGCAUUAUCAAAACCGAGCUACCAGUCUGAAACGUCAGAUUGCCCAGCUAAAGCAAGAGCUUCAGGAAAUGAGUGAUAAGUUGAAAUCCCUGCAGGAGAAAAAGAGCCCCAAGAUCAAUGGUAUGAACUACCAGGGUACCAAAGAACAAACAUCUAACGAUCUCCUAGAAUUUCUUCAUUCCCAGAUCGACAAAGCUGAGGUGAGCGUGGGGGCUAAACUGCCUAGUGAAUAUGGCGUCGUUCCUUUUGAAAGCUUUACGUCCAUGAAAGUAUUCCAGUUAGAGAUGGGACUCACUCGGCAUCCAGAAGAAAAACCUGUUAGAAAGGAUAAACGAGAUGAAUUGGUGGAAGUUAUUGAGGCUGGCCUGGAAGUUAUCAAUAAUCCAGAUGAAGAAGAUGGACAAGAUGAAGAUGAUGGAAUAGGAGAGAGGCAACUGUAUAAUGAAAAUGAUUUCAUAGAAGGUUACUAUCGUACAGAAAGAGAUAAGGGGACGCAGUAUGAACUCUUUUAUAAGAAGAUGGAUGGCAUGGAAUACAGACAUGUCACAUUGUUCCGACCUUUUGGACCACUCAUGAAAGUGAAGAGUGAAACAGUCGAUAUUUCUAGAUCAAUCAUUAACAUUAUUGUCCCGCUUGCUGGAAGAACUGAGGCAUUUGCUCAAUUUAUGCAAAACUUUAGGGAUGUGUGUAUUCAUCAGGAUAAGCGUAUUCAUCUCACUGUGGUAUAUUUUGGACAAGAUGGGCUGUCAGAAGUAAAAAGCAUCCUAGAGUCUGUAGCUAGAGAAACUAACUUCCAUAAUUACACACUUGUCUCUUUGAAUGAGGAAUUUAACCGUGGCCGGGGACUUGACAUGGGUGCCAGAGCCUGGGAGAAGGGCGAGGUCCUGAUGUUCUUCUGUGAUGUUGAUGUUUAUUUCACAGCUGAGUUCCUCAACAGUUGUCGCUUGAAUGCUGAGCCUGGAAAAAAGGUUUUUUAUCCUGUGGUAUUUAGCCUCUAUAAUCCUGCUAUUGUCUAUGCCAACCAAGAUGUACCACCCCCUGUGGAGCAGCAGUUGGUACACAAGAAGGAUUCUGGUUUCUGGCGGGAUUUUGGCUUUGGGAUGACUUGUCAAUAUCGGACAGACUUUCUGACUGUUGGAGGGUUUGACUUGGAAGUGAAAGGCUGGGGCGGUGAGGACGUUCACCUCUACAGGAAGUACUUGCACGGUGACCUUAUUGUGGUGAGGACACCAGUCCCUGGUCUCUUCCACCUCUGGCAUGAGAAACACUGUGCGGAUGAACUGACUCCGGAGCAGUAUCGCAUGUGUAUCCAAUCCAAAGCCAUGAACGAAGCAUCUCACUCGCACCUUGGCAUGCUGGUCUUCAGGGAGGAGAUCGAGACUCAUCUCCGUAAACAGGCUUAUAGGACUAACAGUGAAGCAGUGGGUUAAAUGGAGCCCCCGCAGCAGGGUGAAGAUGACGACUGCAAAUUCACAGUGAACCAGCAUCAUUUUACAGCCUUAAUUCAGCUUGAAAAUGCAGUGCCUCUCUUUUUCAGUGAAGAAGAGUUUAGGGGUUUUUUGGUUCUUGUUUUUGUUUUCUAAGUAAUUCUUUGACUGAUAUGCUAUUACCUUCAUAUCUUACCAGUUCAAGCACCUGAAAUAAGAAUCUGGGAAGCUUGUAUAGUUCAAGGAAAGUGUCUUCAGUAUGGAUUGGAAAACCAUAUCAGUGAAAUGUACAACUCAACACUUUUUCACAUGGUACAUUGUGAUUCUUAUCUGCAUUAUUUUAUGAAUUAAAUUAAAUAAUCUUUUGUGUUGCCUGCAGAGUAUUUUCAGUCCUGUAUGGCUCACUGCACAGUAUCUUUGCAGGAUGCUUUAUUUACAUUCCGUAGUAGAAACGAGAGAAAGGGGUGGAACAAGGGAAGUGUGAAAGAAUCUCACUGUAAAAAGGUAUACAAGAUAUGCUGACUGGUUGCUGACUUCACAGCAGUAGCUUGGUGCUGUAUCUCCUAUAUUAAGACAUUCACAUUGUUGAAUAUGGAAGGAUUUAUGUGAAAGGGGAGGAAAUGAAAAUCUUUUAAAGUAGAAUUGUAAAGCCUUCAAUAUAGUGUCACAUUGUAAAAGAGACACCACUUUCUUAUCUUGGUGAUGGGUCAAGCAGGUUAGGAACAGUUCUGUUUCUGGGUCUAGUCUUUUCCCACAGUAGACACCAUGUCUUAGACUCCCUUUUAUAAACUGAGCUGUCCUGGUAAAGAAACUUAGUUGUUCAAGGAUGUUUGGCCUCACUACUCCUUCUUGAAAGGUCCUGCCUGUACCUCUCAGCCUUAAAGUUGAGAAACUGUCUUUUCCUUUCAAUAUACCUUUGUUGGUGGUCCAUUUGCUGCUAUGCCAAUAUUGUCCUUUUGCUUUCUUUCUCUUCCUCUAGCAUUUCCCUGGCAUGUUUUUAGAAGGUAGUCAUAGACUGUUAGCUCUUCCACUAGAUGGAAAAAGCAAGUGCUGUUAUAAUCUUUCUUCACAGAACACUCCCCAUUCCACUAAUAAUCCUAGUAGCCUUAUUCUUCACUCUUUCAAUUUGAGUUAAUUUUUUUAACAUGCAUGAGCAGAGUUCUAUUUCAUGUGUGUUCUCAUCAGUGCCUUAUACAAUGGCACUGCUACUUCCCUACUUUCCUUUUGCAUAUUUCAGGGUACAUAAACAGUUGAAAUGCAGGCAGGGCGUUUUUCUCCAUGUUGUCUUAUAUGCUGUCUUAUGGCAUGCCUUUUUUUGUAUCUUUGUUUUUAAAAAUGAGUGCUGAGAAUGCUAAUUCAGUGGUUGAACCAUUUGCUUGGUCUCCACUGAAUUUAGAAGUUAGUUGAAAACCCUUCUCAAACUCAGCUAAUUAAGAUCUGUUUGUUAAUUCAGUUUGGUUCAAGAAUUCUGAACGCAAUUAAGAGAUUUAAAUGUUUGAUUUCUGAAUAGCAGAUACGCUGGGCACUGAUCCUUUUUUCAUGUACAUAAAAUUUGCCUUUAUGUAACUUAUUGUGGAGAACGGUGUACUGUAUUGUACUUGAGGGAAUGCAUUGCAAGACUCCUUGCAAAUGAUAUUCUCUGUAUAAUAAAUUGAACAUCUGCAUUUUAGAAUUUGUUUUA